AGUAGUUCACUUGAAUUUAUUGGGACAAGUAUAUAGAAAAAAGAUCAAAUUUUCUUUUUUUUUAUUUUGUUAAAAUUGAAAAAAAAUUUCAUUAGUAAAAGAAAAAUAAAAAUAAAAAAAUUUAUGACAUUAUAAAAUGAUGAUAAAGAAUACAAUGGAUUUUAAAACAAAUUUUUCAAUUGAUGCAAUCUUAUCAAAUAAUAUUUGUAAAAGAAUAAAAACUGAAUAUAAUGAAUCUGAUGAAAUAAGUAAUAAUAGUGAAGAUCGUUGCUGUGAUAGUUUACAAUCUGCUGAAGCUGAAGAUAUUGAAUCAUCGUCAGUUGAUUUUGAUAUUCAUAAUAAUCACAAUUUGCAUCAUCAUCACCAUCAUCAACCGUCAAGAACGAGUACACCAUUAAGUGCUGCUGAUAAUACAUCAAAUGAUGAAUCUGACAAAAUUGAUGAUGACGAUGAUCAAUCAGCGAAUGAGAAUAAACCAAAUGAAGAACCAGAAAUUGAUAGUGAUGGAAAUAAAAAACCAACAUAUAGUUAUAACGCAUUAAUAAUGAUGGCAAUACAAGACAGCCCAGAAGGACGUUUAACCUUAAAUGGAAUUUAUGAAUAUUUAAUGAAUCGUUUCCCAUAUUUUAAAAAAAAUAAGCGUGGAUGGCAAAAUUCAAUCCGCCAUAAUUUAAGUUUAAAUAAAUGCUUUACAAAAAUUCCACGUAGUUAUGAUGAUCCAGGAAAAGGUAACUAUUGGAUUUUAGAUCCAAGUGCUGAUGAUGUAUUCAUUGGUGAAACAACUGGUAAAUUACGUCGUAAGAAUCCUGGUGCACAUCGUUCACGUUUAGCUGCAUACCGUCAAGCAGCUAUGUUUUCACCUAUGUUUCCAGCUGGUUAUCCAGGGCAUCCGUAUCAUCCAGCACAACUGUCUGCAAUUGCUGCUGGCUCACCAUAUGCCAGUUUUUUAAAUGCUGCUUCCCUAUAUUCAAGAAUGACACCAUAUCAUCCAACUAUUUCAUCGUCGGCAUCUGGUUAUUCAAGUUAUAAUCCUGUAGCUGCUGCUGCUGCAGCUGCUGUUUCACAACAAAGUUAUUCAACAGUAAUGCAAAAUCAACAUCAUCUUUCACCAACAACCAUUACACCAGCAGAUAUGUUGCAAAGAAUGCAAUUCUUAGGAAAAUUCCCAAGCAGUUAGAAAAAAUAUUAAAAGAAAGUUUAAAACAAAAAAUGUGUUUCUACACAAAAAUGCUGGAUACAAGGCAAUUGAAAAUUGGUUUUUAUUUUUUUUUAUUUGCAAGUUAUAAAGCAAUUAAAAAAACGUAGAAUACUGCAAUUUUAAUUUUAUAAAAUUGGGUUAAAAAAAUGGUGAAAGAAACCAAUUUUUUGCAGUUGUGGAAAAGAAUGUAUCAUCAGCCAAGUUUAAUUGAGAAAAGUUGGUAGCAAAGUAAUGAAAGGUCUUAUGAGGACAUCAAAAAUGAUAAUAUGGCAAUCACAAUGCAGUUCUCUAUGAAAUUUGUCAGAUUUAUGUAAAAUAAAGUAAAAAAUUAUAUAGCAUUGUUAAAAAUUAUUUUAAAAAGAGUAAAUAUUUUUAAAUAUAAAUACAUGUAUGUAUAAAGAUAAAGCAAAAAUUUUUAAAAUAAA